UUGGAACAUGUUGCCGUUCUGCCUGCUGUUACUGCAGCUGCUGCCACUGGCAGCUGGAAAGAAGAACGUGGCCACGUCAGCUCAUGAUAUGAUACGCGUGCUGGAGGGCGAGGACGAUCUGCUCAAAGAUUUGAGACUCUAUGUGUGGGCGCUGGAGCGCAAGGUGACGACGACUCGAGUGAUCCUCGACGAUGCCAUCGCAAGACAGCAGCAGUCGCUGAGUGAUCCUGCGACUUAUGUCGCGAAUCCUUUGAUCAGUUUGCCACUGGUGCGACGCAUGCACAUGGAUGCGGGCAAGAUAUUGAAAUAUCUGAGACAGGAGGCGGGCGCAGAUCUACAACGCAUAUCGGACUAUCGUCUCGAUGUCAUCACUGAAGCGGAUCUGGAGCAGGCUGCUCAGGGCUUGCUGCGCACACAGCAGUUCCAUGGCCUGAGUGAGCGGGACUUGGCACAGGGUCUGCCAGGAGCGAAGCAAUACAACGCCAGGCUGAAAACCCCGGACUGUGUGGCCCUGGCGCAGCACCUGUUCAUGAAGGGGGAGGAUGAGCAGGCCAAGCAGUGGCUAAGGCUGGCACUAGAUCUCUAUGGCGGUGUGCCGGAACGCGUCAACCAGCUGCUGCAGAUCGAUCGUAAGAGCAUUUUACGCGAAAUAGUCGAGACGCAUGCUUCCAGGGAGAAUUGGCAGGGCGUUCGGGCGGUGCUUGAGCAGAUGUUAGAGCUGGGGCAGGACAAGCAGCACGUUUCAGUCCUGCUGAAGACCGUGAAUCAUCAUCUCAGGCACUGGCAGAUCUGUCGGGGACACAGCCAGUCGCUGGUGAGCGAUUCGCUGCGCUGUCGCUAUAAUACGCAGAGUGCGCCUUUCCUCCGACUCGCUCCACUCAAGCUCGAGCAGCUGAGCAUCGAUCCCCAUGUGGUGCUCUGCCACAAUGCCAUCCAUGCCACUGAGCUGGAGCACAUCAUCCAGCUGAGCAGACCCCAUCUGAAACGUGCCCUCGUUGGUCGCGGCAUUGUGAACGAGAAGAGGUUCACCAUGGAUGCGGCAGUCGACUUAAACGCUACACCCCAGGGCAGGACUCUGCGCCAGCGCCUCGAGGAUAUGUCCGGCUUCGAUCUGAGCAACAGCGAUAAACUGGCCCUCAUCAACUAUGGCAUUGGCGGCCAGUACUCCAUGCACAUGGACUGCUGGCAUAGCAAAGACAAUGCAGCCUACGAGGCUUACAUCAGGAAUAAUCGCAUUGCUACCAUUUUGCUCUACCUGACCGAUGUGCAGCUCGGCGGCAUUACCUCCUUUCCCGCUUUGGGCCUGGGCGUGCAGCCAAGCAAGGGCUCGGCCCUGAUCUGGCAUAACAUGGACAAUGAGGCAGAAUGCGACCAGCGAACACUGCACGCCGCCUGCCCUAUUCUGCUGGGCAAUCGCUGGGCUCGAUACAGUUUUCCCAGCCAUGUUCGACUGCUUCAAUUUCCUGUCUAUAAUGAGAACUGUCCACCUACGCUUGAAAGGCAUUCGCUCCUGGUUCUACUUCUUCAUUGUGGCAAAUUUCUGUUCGCCAAGUUUUUUAGUUCGGGGAAAAGCAAAUAUGCCGAGGGAACUUCAAAUGAUGAAAUGGCCAUGGAGAAUCAAUUCCAAUUUUAAUUCCUUGUUUUCAUCUCGUUUAUGAAGUGAAAAGAGUCCAUGGGGCAUGUGCCGUGUUCUUCGUGCCGUUCGCUCGCCUUGCUCUGACUCCGUUCGUCUUGAUGCUCGACCAUCCUUUUGUCCAUCCGUCUGGUCGUUCAGAUAGACGUCAGUCUGAUUGAAUAAA